AUGUCUACUCGAACCGCAUUCAGGACUCGCGACAAUGUCCCCGUAGCCGAUGGACCAUGUGCACCGGAUGUUCAGUGGGCCACGAUAUACUUUGACCCCGAAGAUUCCGGUCUCAACGACGUAGAAUUGGUCCGUCUGAUGAUGUACCGAGUCGUGAACCGCCAGGCCGAGGUCGAUGCUCUACCUAUGCAUCACAGAUACUCACAUUGUCUCUCAGUCCGUAUCGCCGGGUCCCUUCCUGACGCCGAUGCAGUCUUCGAAGUCGCUGAAGCAAUGGUGGACUAUUUUUACAACCAAAUUUUGUCAGGGGCAUUUGUCGUUAACCGGUGUUAUAUUUUCCGCAGACGCUCGGUGGAUCUGUUUACGGAGUAG